GAAGCGGAAGGGGCGGGGCUCUGCGAGCGGACUCCUCAACCCCUGUGGGUCCCUGUUCAGCGCCCGGCCGUGUGGAGAGCCGGGAGCCAGUCCGGGCCUCCGAGGCGAAGAUGGUGGACUAUAGCGUUUGGGAUCACAUCGAGGUGUCGGACGAUGAGGACGAGACGCACCCCAACAUCGACACGGCCAGCCUCUUCCGCUGGCGGCACCAGGCCAGGGUGGAACGCAUGGAGCAGUUUCAGAAGGAGAAAGAGGAACUGGACCGGGGCUGCCGUGAGUGCAAGCGCAAGGUAGCCGAGUGCCAGCGGAAGCUGAAGGAGCUGGAAGGAUCUGACGCCAGUGGCCAGGGCGAGCUUGAGCGCCUUCGAGCUGAGGCACAGCAGCUGCGCAAAGAGGAGCGAAGCUGGGAGCAGAAGCUGGAGGACAUGCGCAAGAAGGAGAGGAACAUGCCCUGGAAUGUGGACACGCUCAGCAAAGAUGGCUUCAGCAAGAGCAUGGUCAAUACCAAGCCUGAGAAGGCAGAGGAAGACUCAGAGGAGGCAAGGGAGCAGAAACACAAGACCUUCAUUGAAAAGUAUGAGAAACAAAUCAAACAUUUCGGCAUGCUCCACCGCUGGGAUGACAGCCAGAAGUACCUUUCAGACAAUGUCCACCUGGUGUGUGAGGAGACAGCCAACUACCUGGUGAUCUGGUGCAUCGACCUGGAAGUGGAGGAGAAAUGUGCACUGAUGGAGCAAGUGGCUCACCAGACCAUGGUGAUGCAGUUUAUUCUGGAGCUGGCCAAGAGUCUGAAGGUUGACCCCCGUGCCUGCUUCCGGCAGUUUUUCACCAAGAUCAAGACUGCUGACCACCAGUACAUGGAGGGCUUCAAGUAUGAGCUGGAGGCCUUUAAGGAGCGUGUGCGGGGCCGUGCCAAGCUGCGGAUAGAGAAGGCCAUGAAGGAGUACGAGGAAAAGGAGCGCAAGAAGAGGCUGGGCCCCGGGGGCCUGGACCCUGUGGAGGUCUAUGAGUCCCUGCCCGAGGAGCUGCAGAAGUGCUUCGAUGUGAAGGAUGUGCAGAUGCUGCAAGACGCCAUCAGCAAGAUGGAUCCCACCGAUGCCAAGUACCAUAUGCAGCGCUGCAUCGAUUCUGGCCUCUGGGUCCCCAACUCCAAGUCUGGUGAGGCCAAGGAGGGGGAGGAGGCGGGCCCCGGGGACCCAUUGCUGGAAGCCGUCCCCAAAGCGGGCAACGAGAAAGACGUCAGUGCGUGACCUGCCCCAGCCACUGCCACCAGCCUGCAGACUUCUGCGGGCCCUUCUCCAGAAAAGGAAACCUAGCCACCAAGUCCCUAGCUCCCGACUUCCUUCACUUCUGCUGCUCCUCACAUCCUGGCCCAUGUCCCCUGUCCUCCAGCCUGUCCCCAGCACUCAUCAGACUCUGCUUUGGGUUGAGGGGCUCUGCUGUCUGCAGCUCCCCUACCCCCAUCAGCGUUAUGCCAAAGUCCUGGGGGUCUGGGGAGUGGCAGCAGUUGCCAGGUUAGUCCACCGGUCUGGGGUUACACAUGUCCCCAGCUGGUCAGGGUCUGUCCCUAUGGGUCUGUGGUCACUGGUUUUUUUUUUUUGUUU